CCGGGUCGGAUGCCGUGGCCCGUGGUGGGUGUCGAGCAGCGCUAUUCUACGAUCACGGGCUCGUGAUACUAAGUUUUCUUUCGAUGGGCAUCCUUUAAUUUAAAAAGUUUCAAUAUAAAUCACCUCUGCUGAAAAGAAGAAUGGCGCCUUCGUUUUAAACCAGUGCUUGAGCAGAGAGAGAGAGAGAGAGAGAGAGAGAGAGAGAGAGGGAGAGAGAUACCCCAGGCCUAGAUAUCAGCGAGAAUGAUUCUGAGAACGCCUCCUCCGAAAAGGCCUAGGGCUGAUUCCAAAGCUAUCGAGAGCCCCAACUCCGACCGCCGACUCGUAAUCUAUGAGGAUCCUCCGGUGCCAGCAUCAUCGCACGCGCCGUCCGAGCAAAUGCUCUGCACUUACCAAUGCCGUCAGAUGGUUAAAUCAGAGUUUCUGGAUGCAUUGGAUGGGGCAGAGAAACAAGUUCUUGAUUAUCAAUCAAAAUUGGAAGCAUUGAAUGACAACUUCUGCAAGUCUGAGUCGGAGAGGAAGAAAUUUCAAGAUCAAUUCUUAUAUGCGGAACAAGAACUUGCUGCUGCAAAAGGACGUGAACAUGCACUGCAAGGGCAGCUUUUGAAGGAGGUCAAAGAUAAUCAAGAACGGCUUAAAAAUAAAAUACAUGCAUACAACAAACUUGAGGUCAAGCUCCAAACUGAAAUGAACCUUCGCAAGAAUGCUGAAUCUUCAGCAGCUUCAGCUGAAGAGAGAGCAAGCCUUUUGCAGGGACAACUAAAGCAGCUUUCUGAAAGCAAAGAAAGAGAGCAAAAAAGUCUUCAAAAUGAGCUUGCGCAGCUGAAGAGAGAUUCUCAGCUUUCUGUUUCCAGAAUAAGUGCAGAUGUUCAAAAAAUGGAAUGCAGAGCUAAUAAUGCUGAAAAAGAAUCAGAGCUACUAAAAGAGCAGCUGGAAGAACAUAAGCAGCGACUUAGUGAGUGUUUGCACCAGAAGAGCGAAGUGGAGAAGAAAUUAUCAAGUUUCACAUCUCAAGAAGUUCCUUCUACAGAGACAAGUAUCUUAGUGAAGCAUCUGCAAGAAGAGCUGAGGAAUUAUGAGUCUGAAGUUCGAGAAGCUAGAAAGUUGAAAUCAUUUCAUGAAAAUAUUGAGUUAUUGAAGGAGAAGUUAAUGGAAGAAAAAUGUCGUCGGGAGAGGGCUGAGUCAGAGUUACUCAAAUUGCCAGAGCUUGAGCUAAACUUGAAGACAUUGGAGGAUGAAUUAUCAUCUUGGAAGAUGAUGAUUAAAGAUAUUCCAGACCUGUCAAAUCCUGAAGAUAUAACUCUUAAGUUUGCAACGUUACAAAAAGAGGUAAUUGAUAGCAUGAUGAAGGUGGGUGAGGCAAAUGCACGCUUGAAACAAAUUGAGGUGGCUUUGGAUGCUGCUGAACUAAGUAAACAAAAUGCUGAAGUUGAGGCUGCUUUGGCCAAAGAGAAUGAAGAAGCAUCCAAAUCAGAGGCUAAGCGGCUUGAAUUCAUGCUUUCUUUGGUUACUGAAGAAAGAGACCAGUUAAGAAAAGUUGUUAAUGAAUUGAAGAAGCAAAGCAAUGUUGAAGCUGGAGAUGAAGUGGCCAAUGGAACUCUUAUUCAGGAGCUUGAAUCAUCUCUUGCAAAGAAGGAAGUGUGCAUUAAGGAAUUGGAUAGUAAUUUACGCGAGCAAAUAGAAGUCAGUAAUCGUCAAAAUGCUGAAAUAAAGUUGCUUGCUGAGAAAUUAAAUAAUGAAGCACGAAGAAUAAAGUCAUUAGAGAGGGAAAGUGAUAGGCUUCGUGCUGAGAUUUCACUACUGGAAUCAAAGUUGGGUCAUGGUGAUUUUUCUACUGCAAAUACAAAAGUUUUGCGAAUGGUAAAUACGCUUGCGAUUGAUAAUGAGGCAAAACAAACGAUUGAGGCUUUGCAAACUGAGCUACAGAAGACAAAGGAAAAAUUACAAGCUUUUGAAGAAUUGAAAAGACAGUCAGCUGAUGCUGGGCAACUGGUAGACUCGUAUAUAUCAGGACAGAUAGUUCAAUUCAAGGAACAAAUUGCAACACUUGAGAAACGCGAGAAAAGAUAUAAGACUGUUUUCGCGGAUAAAAUUUCAGUAUUCAGAAGGGCAUGUUGUGAACUUUUUGGUUACAAGAUUGUAAUGGAUGAUCAUCAGCGCCCUAAUGGAAUUCCAGUGACUCGUUUCACUCUCCAAUCUAUAUAUGCUCAAAGUGAUGAUGAAAAGCUUGAAUUUGAGUAUGAAUCGGGGAACACUAACAUAUUGGCAAAUGAUUACACAUCCCAGUCGGAGAUAUCCCAGCAGGUUGAGAUAUUCAUUCGCAAGUUGAAUUCAAUCCCAGCUUUCACUGCCAACUUAACUGUAGAGUCCUUCAAUAGACGGACCCUUUCUUGAAAUGAGAUGAGUUAACAAUGUAGUCAGUAAAAUUAGAAGUGUAUGCUCUGCUUCUUGUCAUUUAUUGUACUCCCCCUCUGACUAGAGGUGUGUUUGGGCUGGACUGAUACUGGAAGGUUUUUAUAGCUACAGUUAAAAUGUGUGUGUUUCAACUGUUAGAUAUUGGAAUUGCCUCUGCAUCUUUUACAGCUAUAUAUAAGAAGCAUCAUCACUAAAGUGGUUUUAUAAACAAAGAAAAAAAAAUUUAUUGGAAA